AUGCCGAUAACAAGUAAAGGGUCAAGAGGGAGGGCUUGGGUCAGUGGACCCUGUGUGUGCUCAGGUCUCUGGCGACGGCAGCCGGCCCUUUUUCUUAGCACUGUCCUUUUCCUCAUCCUUGUUGAGUCCACGACUGUUUUCGGAGCACUAGAGCUGCAGUUGGACGAGGAGCAGCCUGCAGGGACCAUCGUCGGUGACAUCAGUGCUGGGUUACCGCCCGGAGUCACUUCCAGCGUUUACUUCAUCUCUGACCAUGAGGGCACAGGCGUCGGCAGUGACCUCAACAUUGACGAGACCACGGGUAUCAUUACCACCGCCCGCCGUCUCGACCGCGAACAGAGGGACCACUACAGCUUCAUUGCCGUGACAAUGGAGGGAGUCACUGUUGAGGUGUCCAUCACUGUCAACGAUAUCAACGACCACGCGCCGGUGUUCCCUAAAAAGAAAGCCGUCCUCAAGAUCCCUGAACAGACAGCCGUGGGAACGAGGUUCUCUCUGGAGCCUGCGACAGAUGCAGACAAGGACCAGCUGACAACGCAGGGCUAUGUGAUCCGGGAGGGCAAUGUGGGCCAGGCCUUCAGGUUGGAGACCAAGAGAGCUGCCAACAAGGUUCUGUAUCUGGACCUGGUGGUCAAUGGACUGCUGGACAGGGAGAAACGUUCAUCGUACAGCCUGGUCAUAGAGGCCUUUGAUGGGGGCUCACCCAGAAGGAUGGGAUCCAUGACCUUGGAAGUGACCGUGACCGACAUCAACGAUCACGCACCAGUUUUCAACCAGAGCAGAUACCAUGCCAUUAUUUCAGAAAGCCUGCCACAAGGCAGCAGCAUACUACAGGUGUUUGCAACAGAUGCAGAUGAGGGAGAUAAUGGUCUUGUACUUUAUGAAAUCAACCGGCGCCAGAGUGACCCUGACCGCUACUUCGUCAUGGAUAUCAAGUCAGGGGUCAUCACCCUGAACAGGCCUCUGGACUAUGAGCUGAAGAGGGUCCAUGAGCUGGUGGUCCAGGCCAGGGAUAACGGCAGCCACCCAGAGGUCACCAAUGCCUUUGUGACUAUCCAUGUCCGUGACUACAAUGACAACCAGCCUACCAUGACCAUCAUCUUCCUGAGUGAGGACGGCUCUCCAAGGAUCUCAGAGGGGGCCCAACCAGGCCAGUAUGUAGCUCGGAUAUCUGUCACUGACCCAGACUAUGGAGAAUACGCCAACGUCAAUGUGUCCCUAGAGGGGGGUGAUGGGAAGUUUGCCCUCACGACCAAGGACAGUAUCAUCUACCUGAUUUAUGUGGACCAGGCCUUGGACAGAGAGGAGCGGGACUCAUAUGAUCUGAGGGUUAUGGCCACAGACUCAGGCACCCCUCCCCUCAGGGCAGAGUCAUCCUUCACCAUCCAGGUGACUGAUGUCAACGACAACCCUCCUCUGUUUGACCAGCAGGCCUACAGACAGACCAUACCUGAGGUGGUCUAUCCAGGCUCCUUUGUGCUUCAGGUGACUGCCAGGGACAAGGACCAGGGCCCCAAUGGGGAUGUCCGAUACAGCCUCCUCAAAGACAAAAACACCCACUCUGAUUGGUUCUCCAUCGACCCGGUGACGGGGAUCAUUACCACAGCGACCGCUCUGGAUUUUGAAUCGGAGCCAGCACCAAGUGUGACAGUUGUUGCCACAGACAGUGGCCAUCCGCCACUGUCAUCCACAGCCAAGGUGGACAUUGUGCUCCAGGAUGUUAACGACAACACGCCAGUGUUCUCCAGCAGUUUCUACAACGCCUCCAUCAAGGAAAACACCCCACCUGGGACAUGCUUCCUUGAGGUGUCAGCCACAGACGAGGACCGCGGUUCCUUUGGUGCUAUAUCUUAUGCCCUUGGUUCUGGCUCUGGGAGCAUGGUGCCCGCCCAGUUCACCAUCAACAAGGAGACUGGGCGACUUUGUACCAGCACGGCUCUGGACCGAGAUGAGGGGUCAGACAACUUUGACCUGACUGUCACCGCAACAGACGGAGGUGGUUUGAGCUCAGUAGCGCGCGUGAGGGUCUCUGUGGCGGACAUCAACGACAACCGGCCUGCCUUCUAUCCCGUCCUCUACACGGUCAGCCUCAGCACCCACAGCGCCCCGGGAACCUCUGUUGUCAAGGUAACCGCCAACGACCCUGAUGCUGGGGAAAACGGCAGGGUGACCUACCGCACAGUGCCUGGAGGAGGCUCGGCUUUCUUCACCCUUAACAAGGACACAGGUGUGAUAUCUCUCUCCCGCUCACUCCACGGCAAAGCCAACACCGUCAUCUCCAUGGUGAUAUCAGCUGAGGACGGCGGUGGCCUAACAGCGCCGGUCAAUGCCAGGGUGAACAUAAGCGUGGUGGGGGGUUCGGUGGCGCCCCCUGUGUUUGAACAGGCCCAGUACUUCUUCACUGUCUCUGAGGACGUCCUCAGAGGGACGUCCGUGGGAGUCGUCCGCGCUGCUACCAAGACAGGGGUGUCCAAGGAUAUCUCCUACUCCAUUUCCUCCGGAGACCCAGAUGGCUACUUCACAGUGGACAGCGCCUCUGGCACUAUCCGCACAGCCCUUCCUCUAGACCAUGAGACUUGCUCCAGUCUGGACCUUGAGAUCCAAGCGCGCUAUGGUUCCCCUCCAGCCUACGGAACCAGCCGAGUGCGCCUUACAAUUUCAGAUGUCAAUGACAACGCCCCCACCUUCCUCCCGUCUUCCUCAGAGUCCCUCCUUUUGCCUGAGAUCACCAAAAUGGGGACUGUCAUCUACCGCAUUCAGGCCACAGACCGGGACUCUGGUCAUAACGGUCAGCUCAGCUUCGACCUGGUCUCCGCGGGCGCGGCGGGUAGCAGUGGUCAGAGGACGUUCGGAGUUGACCGCGGCAGCGGGGAAGUGCGUCUGAUUGGGAGUCUGUCUUACGAAAGUGUCCCUCGCUAUGACCUUCAAGUGAUCGCCAAGGACGGCGGGGCACCCCAGCUUAGCUCCACUUUCACCCUUGUGGUGCACAUCCAAGCGCAGGACGCAGAAGGCCCACACUUCGACACCCUGACCUACCGUGUGGAGUUGCGGGAGAACACACCGCUCAACACACGUUUCCUCCAGGUCAGAGCUCUCAACAGAGAAGCAGCCGGGAAUGGCGGAGGUUCCUCGUCUUCUUCUUCUUCCUCUCCCAUGUCCUACAGGCUCCGUCCCGACGGCGAUGCUGCUGGGUUUGGCAUCAUGCCAGACAGUGGUUGGCUGUUUGUUCGUAGCUCUCUGGACCGCGAGGCAAAGGACAUGUACCUGUUAACUGUCCUGGCCACUUCAGGCCUCGGAGGGGCCGGCAGGACGGGCAGUGCCACAGUCAGGGUGACGGUGACCGAUGAGAAUGACAAUUCCCCCAGACUGAGCCAGGAGAGGGUGUUCCUGGCUGUCAGAGAGAACCUGCUUGCAGGGACGGGUUUUGGCAGAGUGUCCGCUACAGACAGAGAUGCAGGACUUAAUGCUCGCCUCACCUACAGGCUGCUGCACACGGACAGGCACUUCCAGAUCAACUCACAGACCGGUGAGAUCAGUACCCGCCUGGCCUUGGACAGAGAGCAGCAGUCCAGCUACCAGCUUGUUGUGGUGGUGCAGGACGGUGGCACGCCCCCCCGCAGCGCCACCGGCACUGCUCACAUCACGGUGCUGGAUGAGAACGACAACGCCCCCAGCUUCAGUCACGGCCAGCCGGACAGGGAGCUGAUUUUACAGGUGAUGGAGGGGCUCCCAUCUGGUACAGUCCUAGGUACGGUGACGGCUAAAGACCCUGAUGAGGGAGAGAACGGCACCGUCUACUACUCUUUAUCGGGCCCCAGAGCGGAGCGUUUCUCUCUGAACCCGACCAGCGGAGAGCUGCGCACCGCAUCACCGCUUCGAUUCGUGGAGAGAGCGGAGUACAGCUUCACUGUGACCGCUGCUGACCAUGGCACCCCAGGCCUCAGCUCCCCCUGCCAGCUACGCAUACAGGUUGUCAGCUCCUCCAAGUCCAACCCCAAGCCCAACGUGCUCUCCAUGGCCAUAAACACAGUGGAGGGCGCCCCCCCAGGCUCCAUCAUUGGCUCCGUCAGCCCUCAUGACCAUGAAUCCACCCUAUUGGACGGGCAGGUGACCUACCUUGUGGUGGGUGGGACAGACCGGGACGGGACAUUUAUGGUGGACCGUUUAAAGGGAGACGUGUAUCUGGUUCGGGAGCUGGAUUAUGAGAAGGGGUCAAGGUACACGCUCCACAUUGAGGUAUCAGACUUCUCUCGGGCAUUUCCCAGCAGCCACCUGGUGCACCUGGACAUCAACGUGCAAGACAGCAAUGACCACACCCCCCAGUUCACCGAAGACCCCGUCACCAUUGUGAUCCCAGAGAACACAGAGCCCGGGAUGUCCAUCUACACCUUCCAAGCCUCGGAUCAGGACGGCAGUGGGCCCAACAGUGAGCUGCAUUACUCCAUUGAGCACCACUGGCCUGACACACCGGACCUCCUGAGCCUUGACCCACUCACCGGGGUCCUGACCAUGGGACAGAAGCUUGAUCAUGAGGCCACGCCCUCCCUCUACCUUGUGGUGCGGGCCACAGACCAGGCAGUGGAUCCAUCCCAGCGGCGUUGGGGUUCAGUCACUGCCCGGCUGUUUGUGACCGACGAGAACGACAACGCUCCCGUCUUCACCUCUCCGUCUGCCGUCAGUGUCAUGGAGGACCAGCCUGUCGGUUUUGUGAUUUUGUACGUGAUGGCCCGCGAUGAAGACGAAGGGGAGAAUGGCCGCGUGUCGUACAGAAUCCAGGCAGGCAACAGCGCCGGCCGUUUCAGUCUCAACCCCAACACUGGCUCUCUCUCCAUCCUCAAAGCUCUAGACCGAGAAGAGCAGGAAGUCUUCAAUCUCACUAUUGUGGCAGAGGAUCAUGGGAUACCCCAGCUUUCCACCUCUCAGGUGCUGUGUGUGCAGGUGAUCGAUGUGAAUGACGAAGCGCCUGUGUUCCAGUGGCCAGAGUUUGAGACCCAGGUGAUGGAGAACCGAGGCCCGGGAACCACGGUGUUGACUGUCACCGCCACCGACCGGGACCAAGGCUCUAAUGGCCAAGUGACCUAUGGAGGAGUGACGGAGGAAGGCUUUAUCAUCAAUCCUGUGACAGGAGUCAUUACUACCACCAAGGAGCUGGACAAAGAACUGCAGGACCACUACACACUCACUGUUUAUGCCAGGGAUGGAGGGCUGCCUCCUAACUUUGCCAAGGCGGUGGUGCGUGUGGAGGUGCAGGAUGAGAAUGACAACGCCCCAGUUUUUGCCAAGCCGUGGUAUGCGCUGGAGGUGCCAGAGAACCAAGUGCCUGUAGAGCUUUGCUUUCUCAAAGCUACAGACCCCGACUCUGGCCCAAGUGGAGAGCUGGAGUACAGGAUCAGCGCUGGAGACCCUGAUGGAGACUUCCAGCUCCAGGCCAGCACCGGAGCCCUGUCCACCUUACGCGCCCUGGAUCGGGAAAGGAGGGCUGCAUAUACCCUGGAGGUGGUGGCCACGGACCGAGGCAGUCCCGCUCUCAGUAGCACAGUCACAGUGGAGGUCAAAGUGCUGGAUGUUAAUGACAACAGCCCUGUUUUUAGCAGCAGCAGCUACUCAGUAGAUGUGUCAGAGGAUGCUGCAGAGGGCUCUCAAGUGCUUCAGGUGACAGCAACAGAUGCUGAUGAUGAUCUAAAUGGGAAGGUUCUCUACUUCCUCAGCCGAGAAGCACAUGGAGCGUUCACUGUGCAGGAGAGCACCGGUCGAAUCACCAUAUCAGCUCCUCUGGACCGGGAAAAACGGGCAUCAUACAGCUUCCAGGUGUUCGCUGUUGACCUUUCACCUGCUGCUCCCAGAAACACGUCAGCUCAGGUGACAGUCACCAUCCUGGAUGUAAACGACAACGCUCCCUUCUUCAUCCAAGAUCCGCUGGUUAUUGAAGUCCCCAGCAGCCGUGCCCAGCGUGUACUGGCCACCAUGAGGGCUGAGGACAAGGACUUUGGAGCCAAUGGCUCUGUGUUUUACCGUUUCGCCACCCCAGUGAGGGGUUUCAGCAUCAACUCCCUGACUGGGGAGAUUCAAGCCACGGAGCCACUGGGGGGUCUGACCCAGGCUCAGAGGACCCUGAUCGUUGAGGCCAUGGAUCAGGGCAGCCCAGCCCAGUCCUCUCAGGGCGUGGUGGUGAUCUACGUGAAGGAGUUAGAGUACAACGGCAUCCGCUUCUCUAGAAAUGCCCGAGAUGUCAGCAUACAGGAGAAUGCCGCCAAAGGCACAGCUGUGGCCCAGGCACAGGCCCAACAUCCAGAUGGCACACGGAAAGGUAUCAGCUACAGCCUCUUCAGUGGCAACAGAAAGCAGGCCUUCAGUAUCAGCUCCUCAACUGGUGAGAUCUGGGUGCAGAGCUCCAAGGGGCUGGACUUUGAGGACACCCCCAGACUGCGUCUAGUAGUGAAGGCUGAAACUUUGUCUUCCACAUCUUUCAUGGCUGUCAACCUGAUCCUGCAGGAUGUCAAUGACAACCUCCCUCGCUUCCAGCUGCAGAAUUAUGUAGCCUACAUGAGAGAAGCACAAGGAUAUGAAACGCCUAUCAUACAGGUGGUGGCGGAGGAUGUGGAUCAGGGCCAGAACGGUCAGGUGACCUACUCCAUCCAGUCAUCAGGCAUGAGCGGCCUGUUCAAGAUCGACCCAAUGACAGGAAGCAUCACCACCGCAGCCAUCAUGGACCGUGAGAUCUGGACCCAGACCAAGCUUGUUGUCACGGCAACCGACAGAGGCAGUCCACGAUUGGCUGGUUCAGCUACACUAACAGUGAUCAUUGUCGACCAAAAUGACAACAGUCCAACUAUUCCCUUGCCACAGGAAGUCCGAAUCCCAGAGAAUACAUUGAUUGGUACAGAGAUCACACUUGUGACUGGUAAUGAUGUGGACUCCAGUCCUGCCCUCUCCUACACUUUGCAGCUAGACCCAUCUGCCUUAGGCAAGUUUGGGAUCCACCGCUACAGUGGAGGGGUGUCGCUCACUGCACCCCUGGACUUUGAGGAGAAGACCUGGUACACUCUGACUGUCAGAGCGACAGACACCCAGCACCAGACUGAAGCUAACAUCACCAUAUUGGUGGAGGAUAUCAAUGACAAUGCACCUACCUUCACACAAGAUCUCUAUCAGGUAACUCUGCCUGAGCACACUCCGCCGGGAAGUGCUGUUGUCACGGUAACAGCGACUGACAAAGACUCCAGAGAGAAUGGAAAGGUCACUUACAGAGUGAUGUCAUCAACCCAGGAGGGCUUCUACAUUGACCCGAGCAAUGGAACCCUGUUCAUCAAUCAGCGAGCUGAAUUUGACCCUGAGCGUCCGUCAGUCAGUAUUGUCAUUGAGGCUCGCGACGGAGGCUCCCCCUCCCUCUCCUCCCUCACCACUGUCCAGGUUCACAUCUCUGAUGUCAAUGACAAUGCCCCUGUAUUCCACCAAUCAGAGUACAGGGCUACGGUUUCUGAAGACACCAUCCCAGGCGCAACAGUUCUGACAUUUGAGGCCUUUGACAGUGACCUUUCUCGCGAAAACUGCGGCUUCGACUUUGCUAUUGCCAAUGGAAAUGAAGGGAAUGCAUUCCAGAUCGAAAGCAGUGUGCGCUUCCUGGAGGGGCGGGGAUUUCAAACUGUUGGAACACUGCUAUUGGCUGAGGGGCUUGACUUUGAAGUCAAGCCCCUCUACAAUCUCACCGUGGUGGUGUCAGACCGCGGUGUGCCCCAGCGGAGCUCUAGUGUGGCCGCGGUGAUAAAUGUCGAUGAUGUGAAUGAUAAUCCACCAGUGUUCAGCAGAGCAGAUUACACUGUGUCACUGAGCGAGGGGGCUGCCACAGGGACUGAGAUCAUACGCCUGACUGCCAUAGACCCAGACUCAACUCCUAAUGCUGAGGUCCAGUAUACCAUCAGUUCUGGUGAUGAAGUGGAUCUGUUUACCGUGGACCAAUGGACUGGAGCCCUGCGGCUUCAGCAACCACUCGACCGUGAGCACCGGUCAACCCAUGUUGUUAUCAUCCAGGCCACAGAUGGCCAGGGUCACUUUGCCCUGGCUCCAGUCACGGUAGAGGUGAAAGAUGUAAAUGACAAUCAUCCGUUCUUCCCUGUGGAAAUUCUAACAGCCAGUAUUAGAGAGAACCAGCCAGCAAACUCAGCGGUGACUGUUCUCCAUGCGAUAGACCACGACACAGGAGUUUUUGGCCAUUUGAAGUAUUACAUAUUAGAGAGAUCUGGAGCAGGGAAAGAGAGCUUCACUGUGGACCAGAACUCAGGAGAAAUCAGAGCCAAGAUGUCCUUUGACUUUGAGAAGGUCAACUCUUUUAACUUUGUAGCAUUGGCAGUGGAUUCAGGCAACCAUUCAGCUACUGUGACUGUACAGGUGUUCAUCACAGGUGAAGAUGAGUAUGACCCACUCUUCGCAUCCUCUAGUUUCUCUUUUGAAGUCCCAGAGGGAGCUAAGAAGGGCCAGAGUAUCGGUCAAGUUCAGGCCAGUGAUGAGGAUGGAGGGGUGGAUGGAAUCGUGCUCUAUUCCCUUCCCACCACCUCUCCAUACUUUGAUGUGAACAAAACCACUGGGGUGAUCUUCCUCAAAAUGGACAGCUCAGGCAGCAGUAGUGGCAGUGGGUCAGGCCGGUCCAAGCGGGAAGCUAGGCUGAUGAACCUGGAUGUGACAGCUCACAGUCCCCUGGAUACAUCUCGCACCACUAUAGCACAUAUCUCCAUCGAUGUCACCAACACCAACUUUGGCCUGGCUCCUGACGUCAACAUCCUAUUGAUUAGCAUCAUUGCUGUGUCCCUUGGGGUGAUCAUAUUACUUGUGGUCAUGGCUGUGGUGGUGUUCCUUGUCAAGUCACGCAGGAGAAAGAAAGGCCAGGAUACAGGGAACAGAACUGUUGCCUCAGGAACUGCCCUGCAGAAACUGGAUGAUUCCAAGUCAGGCCCAGGAGCAGAGAGGAUCUACCACCAGGCCUUGCCAGGCUACGCUGCAGAUCAGGGUGGGGCAGGCGGGGGUCCCUACACCAGAGGAGGUUCUCUGGACCCCUCUCACUCCAGCGGGAGAGGAUCAGCUGAGGCAGCUGAGGAUGAUGAGAUCAGAAUGAUAAACGAGUACCCCCGCGUUGCCUCCAUCACCUCAUCCAUGCAAGAGCACAUCUCCGCCAGGGGGCCAGACUCUGGAAUCCAGCAGGAUGCUGACCAACUCUCUGAUAUCUCCUGUGAGCCUGCAGCCUUGGAGGGGAGCACCUGGUUCAAAGGAAAGAAACUAGGAGGCAGUCUCAGUGGGACCUUGCUUUCUGGCCAGCUCCCUGUUUAUAGGGAUGAGGGAGGUGGGUACCUGGGAGUCGGCCGUGGCCUCAACAUUUCCCUUCCCAAGGAUUACGCCUUCCCUGAGGAUGGCAAACCUUCAGUGGAUGGCUCCCUUACAGCUAUCGUUGCUAGUGACGAGGAGCUACGUGGAAGCUACAACUGGGAUUACCUGCUCAACUGGUGCCCUCAGUUCCAGCCUUUGGCUAAUGUUUUCACAGAGAUUGCCAGGCUGAAAGAUGAAACCACUCAACAGAACCAGAACCCACGGCAGCCAUUCCAGCCCAAGCCCAAAAUGGAUCCAAAACCUAGAAUUGACCCUCCACCACUCAUCACAGCAGUGGCCCACCCAGGGGCCAUGUCAGUUCCCCCUAAGGUCCCUGUGAUUGGACGGACAUUCCCCCACCUGGCCUCACUCCGCAGGUCCCCUAUAAGUCAUGAAGGCUCUAUCUCAUCAGCAGCCAUGUCCCCAAGCUUCUCCCCUUCUCUGUCCCCACUGGCAGCUCGAUCACCAGCUGUUUCACCCUUUGGGGUCAACCAAGGUCCUUCAGCAUCCAUGAUCAGCACCAGGGAGCCGUCGCUGGACCAGAGCCCUGACCAUGAGAUGAGGAUAUGAGAGCAAAAUUUAGAGACAAUUGUAGGGAAAAAAAAUAUGGCAGACAACCUGAAUGAACCAUGACAGAAGGAGUCUGUUCUUUUUCACAGAAGGCGGGCAAGCAAGUGAAGGUGUCAAUUUUAUUGUCAUUCCUAGAAAUAAUAUGAGAAAGUUUCUCUCAUAAGAAUGACACAUUCACAAAUCUCCAACACAGUGACACUAGUUUCCAUGUAAGAAUGGCUGACCACAGUUUGACCAUUGACUGGUCUCUGUCAGUGAAAGAUACUACUUUCCAGGAAUUCCAGAUGUGAAUUUUGGAACAAAAACUCAAAGAAGAACUCAACCCUCUCCUGGUAGAUUUCUGUUCCUUAAAGGAUUUCUGUCGGUGUCAUUGACAAUGUAUAGAAGUGGAACUUGUGCCUGGGUUGACAAGGUCAGCCCUCCAAGCCCUCUCAUGUCCACAGUGACGCAGGUUUCUAAGAACUGAACAGGGUUAAAUGGUGAACUGGUCUCUUUAUGGGAAUAUGCACUCACCAGGCCCUGCAGUCAAAGAUGCCUCAGUCUGUAGAUAAAUUUGUAGUUUUCUUGUUACCUCGCUGGCUGGCCAGAGAGCUAAGGACCUUGUUCCUCUCUUUGUGUCUGUGGACAUUUUACACUCCAACAUUAAACUCAACUAGUAGCUGCUUUCAAAAUGGCUGCUGAGUACAUUUGUGAACCUCAUAGACAGGAAAACAUGUCUGUUCACAAAGAUACUGCAUUGA